UGCGAGCGGCGCGCAUUUAUUCGGCGGCGGCGGCGGCGGCGCGGCAGUCGGACGCACGGAGAGGCGGCGAGACUUUCCCCUCCAGCACUUGUCACGUUUGCAGUGGGAUGUGUUGGACCAGAGAGUUGCCGCUCCGGAGCAAACGAGAAGGACAAGGCGAGAGAGAGCGCGCGUCCACACCGAGGAGCUGCGAGAUCGCUCCGCGACGACACUAGCUUCUGCGUUGUUUUUCUUUUUUUCCUUUGACAUUUCCCUCUUAGACACUCGCAUGGAAUUUUAUCGGGCGACGCUGUUUGAUUCAUUCACGCCGCAACUGGACGGAUUUUCGGGCGUCUGAAUUGUUCUUGGCAGCAAAAGCGAGCGGUAGAUAUUUUCGAGGUUUUUUUUUCUUUUCUCUCGUGGUUGUGGUGCGUUCACGAGCACCGCGCGGUUUUGAAGCGGUUUUUUUUUUCUUCUUUCCUCCGAGCGGAGCGAGCAUCCUGCUGGAGCCAAGGACGGAUCGGCCGGGGAAGGACUCCUCGUUCCUCAGGACCAUGGUGUUGGACAAGGAAGAGGGUGUGCCGAUGCUCUCUGUCCAACCUAAAGGGAAGCAGAAGGGGUGUGCUGGCUGCAACCGAAAGAUUAAAGACCGCUACCUGCUCAAGGCGCUGGACAAAUACUGGCAUGAGGACUGUCUCAAAUGUGCCUGCUGCGACUGCCGCCUAGGGGAAGUGGGCUCCACCCUCUACACGAAAGCCAACCUCAUCCUCUGUCGCAGGGACUACCUGAGGCUCUUUGGUACGACGGGGAACUGCGCAGCCUGCAGUAAGCUGAUCCCAGCCUUUGAAAUGGUGAUGAGAGCCAGAGAUAAUGUUUACCAUUUGGACUGUUUUGCCUGUCAGCUUUGUAAUCAGAGGUUUUGUGUGGGAGACAAGUUUUUCCUGAAAAACAACAUGAUUUUGUGUCAAAUGGACUAUGAGGAGGGUCAGCUGAACGGGAGCUUCGAGACACAGGUCCAAUAGUCGGAACCUCGCGGCAGACACAAUCGGGUCCACAAAGAAAAAAAUAAAAAUAAAAAUAAAAAAACACACACACCCACACCAACACACACACACACUAAAGAUGGAUGUUCUGCACUUGGAAAAAGACAAGCGUCUGUCUGCUUGCCUGCAAUACUUUUUGAGACCCCUUUAUUGGUCCCUGAGGACUCCAUUGUAAAUGUAUUUUUUUGCCGCUUCCACACCCCAACACUGAGCAGUUACGAAUUUGUGUACAGUCGUGCCUGCUUAGCUGAGCACUGUAUUGCUUGUAUGUUUUUGUGGAAUUUGUUUUUUAAUUUUCCUUUUGGAAAUGGUUCAUCGGAGGGUAUGUACAGUCUCGUUUCUCUGUAUAUAUAAACUGGAACAUUUAUUUUAUCAAAUGUAAUGCAAUUUUAUUACUAGUGUGAAUUAAAGAUUCUUAAAUGUUGAUAUUGAGUUUCUCUCUUGUACCGAAACCAAAGUUGUUGGAGAGGUCGACCCACCGGUUGAUGUGUAAUCAUGUCUCCGAGACUGCAACGCUGUCAAUCGCCUUGCAAGAGAAAGUAUAUUUGAAGUCCGUCUUUCAAACGUGAUGCAACAAAACCAGUUUUAUUACAUUUUACAAAGCUCUGAUGGAAUUAGAAAUGCUGUUUAAAAUGAAGUCAUGAUCAUUUUAUUUGGAAUAAAAGAAUGCUUCUCCAAACUGUCUCGUGA